UAUGAGAGCUUGGUGAAAAGAAGGAGCAUAUUCGUAUUGUUUGAAUGUUUGAAGUGUUUAUCAAACUGACAGCUUUGGGAUUUAAAACAACACAUCAAGGAAAAUCAAGGAAGGAUGAAGCAGCUUGAAGAGGAUGCAGACACACACCUGAGCCCUGUGUAAAGAUCUGAGAAGGAGAUGAUACCAGAGUCCACAGCUACGGCUGCAACCAGGACCUCACAGCAGAAAAGGAACUUGAAUGAUGAGGCGAACUCCUCCGGGGCUGUCAAUCAAUCUGAGGAUGAGUCCGGGAACGAGAACAGACAAAAGAGUGUGAGGCGAAGAAAGAGACCACACCAGGGCUCAGAGAAUGUCAAGAGAAAAAGUGUCAAAGCCAGCCGCAGCAGCGCCAGCAGAGCAGGAAGCAGCCGCAGCAAACCGAGACAUGUGGAGGCCGUCACUCUGUUCGAGGUGAUCACGAUGGGUCGGAGCGCCAUGCAGGCUGUGAUCGAUGACUGGAUCGAGGCUUAUGUGGCUGACAGAGAUGCGUCUCUCCUCGACCUCAUCAGCUUCUUCAUCCAGUGCUCCGGGUGCAAAGGUGUGGUCACAGCAGAGAUGUGUCAGAGCAAAGAGGACAGUGAAGUCAUGAGUAAGAUGGUGGAGGAGCUGGACGAGGUCGCUGGUCUGCAGUAUAAGAAGUUUCUGGCCUUUCCCUGGAUCCUCACAGUCACAUGGCCCAUGGACACAGACAGCGUGGAGUAUCCUCUCAUACAGCCCGGACCGUACGGCCGCUGGUUCCACUCCGAGUUCUGCGACUUUGUGUCGGUGCUGGUGGCUCAGUGUCAGCACAGCGUCAUAUUCGACAGCUACCUGGUGAAUACCCUCAUCUCGCUGCUCACAGAACUGUCCGACUCUUAUGUACGAGCUUUCAGACACACCUGCACGCUAGCAGCGGUGAAGCUGCUGAGUGCUCUGGUUGCCGUGGCUCUCAGCCUGAGUGUUGGCAUCGAAAACAGUCAGAAACUGUACGAGGUGCAGAAGACGAAGACAAUGAGACAGAAAAGCACGACGCAACAGGAGAGAACACAGAAGAAGAUCUCAGAGCUGCAGGAGAAGAGGACGGAGGUAGAGAGCAUGAUGGACGUCAUCUUUAAAGGGGUUUUUCUGAAGAGAUACCGCGACGUGCUCCCAGAAAUCCGCUCUAUCUGUAUGGAGGAGUUGGGUUUGUGGAUGAAGCUCUACAGUUCUGCAUUUCUCAGUGACAGCUACCUCAAAUACAUGGGCUGGAUGAUGCACGACAAGAUACCAGAUGUGCGUCUCAAGUGUGUGUUAGGUCUUCAGGGUUUGUAUGGAGAUCCUCAGCUGCUCUCUAAACUGGACCUGUUCACCAGCCGCUUCAAGGACCGGAUGAUCUCCAUGACUCUGGAUAAAGACAGUGAAGUGGCAGUGCAGACCAUGAAACUGCUGCUUGUCAUCUCCAAGACAUCUGAUGAUCUGCUCGGUCCAGAGGACUACAAGCAGCUGCUCCAGUUCGUCUACUCCUCGCAGCGCCCGCUGGCGUCUGCUGCAGGGGAGCUGCUCUUCUCACGGCUUCUCAAUACUGUAGCCCCUGCAUCUGAUACUCAGGAAGAAAUAAAGGAGGAGGAGGAACAUAAACUACAAACAUCUGCCAGACUGAAAGCUCUGCUGCAGUUCUACCAGGAGUCUGAGCUGCACAAGCAUGUGGUUUACCUCGUGGACAGUCUGUGGGACUGUGGUGGAGCCCUGCUGAAGGACUGGCCCACAGUCACAUCCAUCCUGCUGCAGGACUCGUCCUCACACGGUCCAGGUCUUACUCUUGCAGAAGAAGCUGUUCUUGUGGAGAUCCUGGUGGCAUCGGUGCGUCAGGCCUCAGAAGGGCCGGUGCUAGCUGGAAGGAGUGGAGCCAAGAAGGUGAUGAAUGCCAGAGAAAAGAAAGUUCAGGUUGAUGACUGUACUAAGCUCACUGAUCAUCUCCUCCUGGUGCUUCCUAAGCUACUGUCCAAGUUUUCAGGUAAUUGUGACGUCGUUGCCUCCCUGAUGAAGAUCCCUCAGUACUUCCUCCCUGAGUGUCCUGAAGCUGAGAACACACAGGCGCUGUCCAGCCUGAUGACAGAGAUGGAGGCUGUUCUGGACCUCCACUCGGGUCUGGCUGUUCUGGAGGCAGCAGCCCGCACGUACCUCAGUCUGUGCGGGGAGGAGACGGCGUGGAGCUCUGUGGCUCGGACCACCAGAGACUCUCUGAUCCAACGCUGGGUGGAUCAGCUGACAGCACUGCUGGGGGACUCACUGAAGGGUGAGAGUCAGAGUUUCUCUGCUGACGAGGAGAAAACUCAGGAUAUUUUAGCCACACUGAAGAAACUUAGAGCUUUUCAUAACUGUCAUGACCUCCUCAAGUGGAACCUGUUUGAGCUUCUGUCUCCUCUGCUGUCAGUGGAGAGCAGCGAGGGAGGAGCACCGCCCGAGCUGCUGCUGGAGGUGCUGCAGUGUCUGUCGUACUGUAUGAUCUGGUCUCUCAACACCAGCACAGAAACUUUAACCUCCAGAGAGAAAGCUGUGGCUCAGAGACUCCAGCUGCGUCUCUUCUGUGAGCGGUCUCAUCGCUGUCUCUCCCACGCUGACCUCAGAGUGCAGCAGCAGGCUUUUCUGGGCGUCUGUGACGUGCUGACGGCUCAUUCAUAUCAGCUCCAGGUGUGGGACCCGACCUGCUUUGGCCCACUGCUCUACACCCCCAGCCCCAAACUACAGAGGGCGCUGUUGACCUGUGUAUGCGUCCACGUCUUUGUUGGACCAGACUGUGACAGCCAGAGCAACGUCAGUGAAAACUCUGAAAUGGAGAGGCUGGAGGACCUUCACAGAAGAAGAAAUUUGCUGGCGGCCUUCUGCAAACUGAUAGUGCACGGCGUGCUGGAGAUGAGCAUAGCAGCUGAGGUCUUCAUGUACUACAUGAAGUACCAUAAUGACUUCGGGGACAUCAUCAAGGAGACGAUGUACAGAACGAGACAGAUCGAUAAGCUCGAGAGCGCUCGCACUUUGGUGCUCUGUUUGCAGCAGCUGUUCGUUUGUCUGAAGCGAGAGCAGGAGAGCGGCGGCAGAGCUCAUCCUGGAGUCCAGACCUUCACCAGCAUCAAAGAGCUCGCCAGGCGCUUCGCCCUCACCUUCGGGGACCUCGUCAAGUUUCGCGAGUGCGUCGUCCUGAUCCACAGGAGCGGCGUAGAGUUUGUGUUCCAAGAGUUCAGCCAGACCCCAGACACUCCCACACCCCCGUACCUCUCCUACCUGACCAUCCUCAGCGAGUUUUCCAGCAAGCUGCUCAAACCAGACAAGAAAACAGUGUUCUCCUACCUGCAGAAGCACACUGCAGAGCACAUUAUCAACCUCAGGGAGGAGUGCUGGCAGCCGCUCAUCUACUACCGUGCUUCUCUGUUGGCUGCGGCUGAAUGCGAAGACGCCGUGUCGUACGUGAGCUCUGACAGGAAGCCGUACCCGCCCAAUCGAUCUCCUUUCUCCAAACAAAAACUAGAAGGAUGCAAGUCCCCGUGCCCGUUCAGCCCCAUCGACUCCAAAGUUGGUAAAGUUCACAGGUCGAGCUUCAGUCCAAGCCAUCAGGAGAAGGCGACUGACAUGGAUCCAUUUUCUGUCCCUGUGGAACCUCCGGCAAAUAGACCGAAGAUCGAGGGAUCUGUCCUCAGCACCGGCAACGAGACGGAGGACGACACUGUGGAGGUUGAACUGUGAGGAUCAGAAGAUUCAGAGCUUGUGUCGGGUUGACGAGGAGUCAUACUGGACAUCACAAACUUUGAGUGAGACGUUUUCUAUUUCUGUGUCGUCUCUGUUCUGAUGUGUAGCCUUCUCAUUCUUACAUUUUUUUCUAUCAUCAACAAAUCCCAUGAAAGGAACAAAACCGACAAGAAUGUAUCUUAUUGUUUGUGUAGCCAAAGCCUGAUUUAUCUUAUUCCUCUGUGCCAUAAACUUAAAAAUUGUGACCCAAAAAUAUUAAAAUGACAUCAGUGAGCCACACUGUUGCUCUAAAUUACAUUAUCCUAUAUAACAAAGAACAUGAGAACAUUUACUGUAAAUACUAGAGAUCUAAAGCACCUAUUAUGUAUUAAUCCACAGCUGGAAGCAGUCCCUAAUAAAUGCACUUUUACUUUAUGCACUCCGAACUAGGGAUGAAGUAUUUGUUCAAUCAGCUUAAUUAUCUGUUUAAGUAUUUGUACUUUAAAUGGAAAGACUUAAAACCAGAAGUUGGUAUUUUAAGCCUGAAGUCGAUACGGCUUGAACGGAAGCUGCAAUAUUUAUUCUUUAUUCGAAAAAUAUUUACAAGACUCCAAAUUGAGCUUCAGAUCAAUAUUUUUGAUCACAAUUUGAAGAGAACUAUUUACAGAACAUUUACAUUUACACAUUUUACUUAUAGAUGUCAAAAGAGAACUGGACACAGGAGGUGAAGCCUUUUGUGUAUAAAGUUAUCUGGAUCUUCUACACGAGUGGAGGAAUGAAAAUGAGUCUGGAUUUGGCGAUUUGUAAACUUUUAGGACCUAAUGGAUUAAUAAGGCGCUAUUUAAGUGUUUGAACUGGUAAGCCUAUGGACCUAAAAAAAGGAUUUGCUGAUGUAUAGUUAGUCUUUAAUGUAAGUCUGUGGGGACAUGGCUUUACUCUGCUAAUAUUCAUAUCUGUACCGGAUAUUUGUUUCAUCCAAGUAUUCAGCUCAAAAAUAUAUAUUUUUCAUCAGUUUUAAAGAUGUAAAGGGGACAGACAGUAUUCUGCUCAUUUUCAGGUUCAUACUUGUGUUUAAGGUUUCUACUAAAUCAUGUGUAUGUGCUUCAAUAUUUAAAAAAAACAUUAUUUUUUUCACACCGUGUGUCUGAGUAUACCUGUCUGAAAUGCUCCAUUUUAGCACCUGUCUCUUUAAGCUCCCUCCUGAAAAAACCCCAGUCCGCUGAUUGGUCAGUGUUUCCGGUUCCGCUCUACCUUUAACAUUUUCAGUAGGAAACAACUAAAUCUUUUCAUGGGAUUUGUUAUUUGUUUGAAACAUCAGUUUUAUUCUUCAAAUAAUGUGUGUAUUUUCUUCACAGACCAAUUUCAUUUGAGGACCAAGUGGAUCAGUUUGUGUUAAGCCUUUUUUCUCCAUAUGCUGUACUUGAAUGUAACAAGUGACACUAAAUUAUAUAUAUUUUUUAUUAUUUUACAUUUGGAUCAGGUCCAAGAUUUGUCUUCUUGUCCUUCGGAGUACAUUAAGAAUUAUGCUUUAUUUUCCUGCCUGCCACUUUAUUAUUAUUGCUCCUUAUAGGAAAUGGUUAAGUGAAAGUUUGCCAAAAACUGCUUAUGUAUGGCUGUAAAUUAAUUUAAAUUAAAAAAAGUACAUAUCCCCAAGCUGUAAUGUUUGCUUU